AUGAGGAAGGCAGCGCUGAUGGUUUGGAUCAGUCUUUUUCUGCAAGUUUCCCAUGGUGCUCAGGGUCAUUAUGCCCGCAAACUUCUGAAUGACCUGAUGGAGGACUACUCCAAUGCUCUGAGACCAGUGGAGGACACAGACAAAGCCCUCAAUGUGUCCCUGCAGAUCACGCUGUCCCAAAUCAAAGAUAUGGAUGAGAGGAACCAGGUGCUGACCACAUACCUGUGGAUCAGACAGGUCUGGCAUGAUGCAUAUCUGAAAUGGAAUAAGGAGGACUAUGAUGAUCUGGAGAUGAUAAACAUCCCCAGUGACCUAGUCUGGAAGCCGGACAUCGUCCUCUACAACAAAGCAGAUGAGGAGUCUGGAGGUGCACCCAGCACUAAUGUGAAGCUACGAUAUAACGGAGAGAUUAUCUGGGACUCACCUGCGAUCACAAAGAGCACAUGUGUGGUUGAUGUUUCCUACUUCCCCUUUGACUGGCAACAGUGCAACCUUACCUUUGGCUCCUGGACAUACAACGGCAACCAGGUGGACAUCAGUCUUGGCAUGGACAGUGGAGACCUGUCUGACUUUGUGGAGAACGUGGAGUGGGAGUGUCACGGCAUGCCCGCAGUUAGAAAUGUCAUGAUGUACGGCUGCUGCUCUGACCCUUACACUGAAAUCACCUACACCCUGCUCCUGAAGCGUCGCUCCUCCUUCUACAUCUUCAACCUGCUCCUGCCCUGCUUCCUCAUCUCCUUCCUGGCUCCGCUGGGUUUUUACCUGCCGGCUGACUCGGGGGAGAAGGUUUCCCUCGGGGUGACCGUGCUGCUUGCACUCACUGUGUUCCAGCUGUUGGUGGCUGAGAGCAUGCCGCCUGCAGAGAGCAUGCCCUACAUAGGGAAAUACUACAUCGCUACCAUGACCAUGAUCACAGCAUCCACCUCUCUCACCAUCUUCAUCAUGAACAUUCAUUUCUGUGGAGCUGAGGCCAAGCCGGUCCCUCACUGGGCAAAGGUGCUCAUCAUCGACUACAUGUCCAAAAUAUUCUUUGUCUAUGAAGUGGGCGAGAACUGCACCACACCAGAGAGUGAGAGGACACCGCUGUACCCCGAGGAACCCCUAGGUGAUAAGCUGGGCUUUCAGGAUGACCGUUUCCAUGACUACCAUUAUGACAAUGAACCUUACAGAUACAGCAAUGGUCACAGCAGGAAUCAUCACAAAAAUCAUCACAAAAGCCAGGCAAACGGCAACGCCAAUGGCAGCCAUCACAACUACAACAACCACAAUGAUAAUGCCUCUAGACUGGAGAGAGGGGAGGGGAGGAGAGUGCACACGCAACGCUACCACCACAUCAGGAGGGACGAUCUGGACUACCAGGCCACUCCUCAACCUCGAAACCUCCAACAGCUGUAUGGAGGGCUAAAGGAGCAGCUUCUGUACUCAACAGAGAAACUUCAAGUCCCAGCAUGCCCCUGCUGCUGCCCAUGUGUUGAACAUAAAGAGGUGGUGAAGAACAUCCAGUUCAUUGCUAACUACUUCCGUGAGCAGAGAGCGACAUGUGUCAAGGCUGCAGAGUGGAAAAAGGUUGCCAAGGUCAUGGAUAGGUUUUUUAUGUGGAUCUUCUUCGUCAUGGUCUUCCUCAUGAGCAUCCUCAUCAUUGCCAAGGCCUCCUGA